AUGUCAAAAGCCAAGCGCCGAAGGUUGGAUUUCCCUGAGGUCAAAGGAUGGGUGCCAUAUAAGCCUUUCUCAAAAAAUAGUAGUUUUGCCGCAUUCGAUGAAAAAUCGGAACGUGUUGAUGUUCCUGAAGAUUGGAAAGAACCGAAAUUCAGUCCGGAGGACAAUCCUAACGGUCGCCUUUACUCACUAUCUACUUUUUCAACGCUUUUUCCGCAAUAUCGAGAAAAGUACCUUCGAGAAGUUUGGCCAGCUGUCGUAAAAAUUCUGCGCGAACAUUUUGUCAAAGCCGAGCUGGAUCUUGGUGAAUCCACAAUGUCUGUUCGUACCACACAAAAAACCUUCGAUCCAUUUAUAAUUUUGAAGGCACGAGAUAUGAUUCGUUUGUUGGCUCGUUCUGUGCCUUUCGAUGUCGCUGCCCGUGUUUUGAACGACGAGAUAUUCGCUGAUAUAAUUGAAAUCAAGCUUAAAAAUAGGGAGAGAUUUAUUAAACGACGAAAUCGUUUAAUUGGCGAUGAGGGCAAUACUCUGAAAGCCAUUGAACUCUCAACCGAGUGUUACGUAAUGAUUCAAGGGAAAACUGUGGCAGCCGUACGACAGGUUGUGAAUGGAUGUAUUUACGAUAAUAUACACCCGGCCUAUUACAUAAAGAGAUUUGUUAUCAUCCAAAAGUUAAUGUCGGAUCCUAAUCGGAAAAAUAUCUCCUGGGAGAAAUUCCUGCCUAGUAUCAAAAAGAAGACCCUUAGCAGACGAAGAAAACCUCGGAAGGUUCGAAAGAAGGGCGAAUAUACACCAUUUCCGCCACCGCCACAGCCGUCAAAGGUGGAUAUCGAGCUUGAGAAAGGCACAUACUUCCUGGCGAAAGCAGAAAAACGACGAGUCAAAAAAGAGGCAAAAGUGGCUACUUCGGAAGAGACCUCCAGAAGACGCCAGCAAGAGAAGCGUGCCGCAGCUUUCAUAGAACCGGAGGAAAGGAAAUAA